UCAAAUUGAAGCAGAGAUAAAAGCAACAGAAUCAUGAUGACAUAUAUCGGAUGUUUGAACUUUGUUUUUGUUCUGAUGCUGACCACUUCCUUUGCCGACCCUUCCCCUCCAACCGCAUUCCUCAAAGACUACGAUAGUUACAUGAAAGUUUGUCACCGACUCAACUGUAAACAAAGGAAAGAGACUAUUGCCUUUCAUGCUAAUUUCAAAGGUCACCUCAAGAAUGUUCCUGUAAACACCAUCAUCAAAUUUGACAACGUCCAGUUGAACAAAGGCAAAGGAUACGAUCCAACAACAGGGGUUUUUACAGCACCAGAGGAUGGUCUUUACUCUUUUGAUUGGUUAUUUUUGGCUGCGAAGGAUGGAAGUGUUUACCUUUUUGCCAUGGUUGAUGGCACUAUCCGUGUUAAAACCUGCAUUCACAAGCAACAAAGUGUCCACAUAUCUACAACGGGUCAUUUGGUCACUGAGCUAAAGAAAGGGAGUAAAGUGUGGAUCAAGACUUCUAGUGAGGCGAAAUUCAUCCAUGGAGGCCUUUACAAUUACUUCUCUGGAUUCAAAAUUAAUUAACUCUCAGUAAAAAGAGUUUUAAUUAUAGCUUUCUUUUAAU